UAACGGGAUCCUGCACGCUUUUUUCUUUGCUAGUCCUUUUGAAGAAAGAAAGAAGCACCCAAAUCCGUGCACUAAGAUCAAGGAAAAGCCAUGGCGACAUUGGAUUCAGACGUGCCUAUGGUUCCGGUAGGCGAGGCUUCAAGCAGUGCAGGUUCAUCGACCAAGAAGCCCAAGCGAUUUGAGAUCAAGAAGUGGAAUGCUGUUGCUCUCUGGGCCUGGGAUAUUGUUGUUGAUAACUGUGCCAUUUGCAGGAACCAUAUCAUGGAUCUCUGCAUUGAGUGCCAAGCAAACCAGGCAAGCGCCACUAGCGAGGAGUGUACAGUUGCUUGGGGUAUGCUUCAGCUUUCAGUUUAUGCAUAAACUAAUAUUUAAGUUUUUG